UGUUAUUGUAUUCAUCCGCUCAGUCGCAGUAGUGAAACCUAAAGGAAAAAAAAACAUACGCUGUUGCCGAAGCUACCGAAACGUUGGGUAGCUUAAUAAGCGCUGAGAAGCAAUACACGCAGGAAUCCCGAACGGAGGUCCCGGAGUCCUGUCAGAGAAGCCAGAAUGAAGUUUCAGUACAAAGAAGAGUAUCCGUUUGAGAAGAGACGGUCAGAAGGCGAAAAGAUAAGAAAGAAGUACCCGGACAGGGUGCCAGUUAUUGUGGAGAAAGCCCCUAAAGCCAGGAUAGGCGAUUUGGACAAAAAGAAGUACCUGGUCCCUUCUGACCUUACAGUGGGUCAGUUCUACUUCCUCAUCCGGAAACGAAUCCAUCUGCGAGCUGAGGAUGCCCUUUUCUUCUUCGUUAACAAUGUCAUUCCUCCUACGUCCGCUACCAUGGGCCUGCUAUACCAGGAGCACCAUGAGGAGGACUUCUUCCUCUACAUUGCCUACAGUGACGAGAGUGUCUAUGGUGGGAGCCAGAGAGAAAUCUAACGUUAUCACCCCUGUCCCUAACUACCAACCCUGCCCCUUCUAUCACUCAAAACUCAGUUUGGCAGGCUAGCGUUCCAGAGAAAAGACAAAUGCACUAUAUCAUCCCCAAGCCUCUGUCACUGUUCCUGCAGCCUGAAUUUUAUUUACUUAUUAUUAUUAUUAUUAUUUUUUUUUUCUUAUUCAGUCUUUGAUACCAUGGUUUUUCCAUUAAGGUUACUUCUAAGUAACUUCUAAUUACUAUUUUUGAUUAUUAUUAUUAUUUUUAAUCAAAAUUGUUAGUUCUAUUACUCUAAAAUUAAUGAUAAGCCGAACAUCUUAUUAAUAUGAGUGCUGGCUUAAGGUUACUACAAAUCAAGGUUAGGUUUACAUAGUCUGUCAUUUGUGGGUUAAAAUGAACACUUGAAAUCACUUCUGUCCUUGGAAUUUCAUGUCUGUAACUCUAUAAAACUCAAUAAAUGUGAGAUGUGACAGCGUCCUUCAGCGAAAGUAAAACAUCUUGAACAGUUUGCAUAAUUUGAAAUAUGAACACCAUAGAAUAAAAUUCAGAUUGAACAAUCUUCCUUCUUUGUGGUUCUGCUUUCAAUUGUAUAUGCUGUACUUAUUUUUAGCCCUCAAUUUCCUAAGCUUAGAAGAAUUUAAGUUUAUGUAAAGAUUUGUGCACGUUUAUACUUUUUUUGUUGUUGUUGACCAUAGCUCUGUAUGCAGCUGCGCUUGUGACCAUAUAAACUUGACAAAAACCAAA